AUGGCCGGGCGCGCUGCGGCAAAGCGAAAGGCUGCGGAUGGCGAGGCGUCGUCGGAGGGCGCCAGCAAGCACGCCAAGCUCGCCGAAUCUGCCAACGACUUUGACAGCGACGGAUCUCUGACCGAUCUCUCGGACGAGGAAGAGGCGCCACAGGAUGAACAGAGCGAGGAGGAGGUGGAGGACGAGGAAGAGGACGAGGAGGAGGAACCGAGCAGCGACGAUGACGCUGGCGCCCACGACGACGACAACGACGACGACUAUGGCGGCUCGAAGCGCAAGAAGACCGCAAAGACACCCACAAAAGGCCGCAGGGGCGCCGGUGCCGCGGCCGCGGCCGCGAGGACGCCAAAGCAGCGCGCCGCCCCAAAGACGCCCAGGACCAAGGCGGCGGGCGCGUCCAAGACGGCAAAGGCGAGCGCAUCAAAGACACGGUCCGUGGGACGGCCGCGCGCCACGUCGACCAAGACCAGGGGUGCCGGCAGCAAGGACGAGCUGCCGAUUAACGACGACAACGACAUCUUCAACGCCGUCAAGGACCCCAACAGCGCGCUGCAGUCGACCGCCGAGGACUGGGUGGUCAGCUUCCAGAACGACGAGGGCAAGGCGCUGGCAGAGCUGACCAACUUUGUCAUCCGGACGUGCGGCUGCAACGGCAGCGUCGACGAGAACCAGGUGGUCGACAUCGACAACAUCGUCGACACCCUCGAAGAGCUGCAGGAGGUCUUCAAGAAGCAGCCUCUGCCGUCGUACCCGAUCGUCUCGAAGAGCAAGACGUUCAAGUCGUUCCGCCGGUCGCUCAGCGAGUUUCUCCGCCGCCUUGUCCUCUGCGCUUACGAGGCCGAGAUCCUGACGGCCGAGGGCUUCAUGGAGACGUUCCAGGCGUGGGUCUCGGCCAUGUCGUCGUCGUCGCUCCGCUCGUUCCGCCACACGGCCACCGUCGUCGCGCUGUGGACGAUCUCGGCCAUCAACGAGGUCAACGCGCUCGCCGCCAAGGACCUGGCCACCGCCACCAAGCAGCGCGACGCCGAGCGGAAAAAGGCGCGGGCGGACAAGAGCCGGCUCAAGGAGCUCGAGGCCAAGGUCGAGGAGGCCAAGGCGCUGCGCAAGAAGCUCGACGAGUACAUCGACGAGUACAUGACCAGCGUCUUUGUCCACCGCUACCGCGACUACGACGCCGGCAUCCGCACCGAAUGCGUCGAAGAGCUCGGCGCGUGGAUGAAGAAGCACUCGGCGCAGUACCUCCAAGCGAGCUACUUCCGCUACGUCGGCUGGGUCCUCUCGGACGCCGACGCCGGCGUGCGCAUGGCGGCGAUCCGCGCCAUGACGGGGCUCUACACCCGCGAAAACUUUGUCGGGUCGAUCCGCCACUUUACCGAGAUGUUCAAGGGGCGCCUCGUCCAGAUGGCGACCGGUGACGUCGACCUCUCGGUCCGCAUCGCCGCCAUCCUGGUGCUCGUCAUGAUCGACAAGCACGACCUGCUCGACGAGGAGCAGCGCGACUCGCUGGCCACGCACAUCUUUGACGUCGAGCCAAAGGUGCGCGCCGCCGUGGCGACAUUCGUGGCGAGCAUCCUCGAGGACGAGGUGCGCCAGCACACGGCCGAGCUCGGCGGGCAGAGUGCCAAGUCGAAGAAGAAGGCCAACUCGGACGAGGCGCAGGCGGCCGAGGUGGCCAAGCUGCGCCUCAAGUGCCUCGCCUCGCUGCUGGUCAAGUACGGGCGGCGGCUCGACGACGUCGACCCUUCGACGACGACGAGCGAGGCGGUCGACACCAACUCGCAGGACAUCUCGAGCGCGGCGGCCCAGAAGCAGGCCGAGGACCUCAAGACGAUGAUCGACGGCGCCAAGGAAGGCCGCGUGGGCAUGGCCAUCGAGGCGCUCUGGGACGCCGUCGACGAGAUCCAGGACUGGCAGCCGCUCAUCGACCUGCUGCUCCUCGACCACUCGGACAAGGACGGGUCGAGCGGCACCAAGGGUGCCCAGGAGCUUGCCCCGGAGGCCUACCGGCUCGACGUCGACGAGGAGGCGGUGCUGGUCGAGGCGCUGGUCAGCAUCCUCCGCAAGACGCACCAGCACAUUGCCGUGGUCAAGGACGACGAGGACACCACCAAGGAGGACAUGACGCGGGCCGUGAUGCCGACGCUGCCCAAGCUGCUGGCAAAGUAUCGCACCGACGCGCCGCGGAUCGCCGACCUCCUCGUCAUCCCGCAGAUCAUCGACCUGGAGAUGUACACCGAGAUGCGCGAGACCAACGCCUACGAAGCGCUCUGGGACGACGUCUCGGCGCAGCUGCAGCGCCACGUCGAGCCGCUGCUGCUCAAGCACGCCGUCCAGGCGAUCCGCAAGCUGAUGGCGUGCACCUCGCUCUCCAACGUCAACGCGGCCAAGCUGACGGCGCUGCAAGAGUCGCUGCUGUCGGCGCUGCAGGAGACGGCGCAGAAUCGUGACGUCGAGACCGCCGUCUUCGGCGAAGACGACGUGCACCUCCUCGGCGCCAGCAUCCUGCGGAUGAACGUGCUCAGCCAGGUCUGCGACAUGACCGAGGUGCUCGAGGACGACGAGCGCGGCCAGUCGACGAGCGGCUGGGAGAUCAUCCUCGGCCUGGCCGGCAGAGGCCGCCUCGGCUACCGCGAGGAGGAAAAGAUGGUGCAGGAUGCCAUCCAGGUGCUGACUCUCCACAUCAUGUGGAAGACGCGGCUGAGCCUCUCGCACGAUGCGGCGAGCCAGGGGCCGGCGAUCGACGCGCUGCUGUCGAAGCGGACCAUCCUGCUCGACCUGCUCAACGAGUACGUGGCGGGCACGCACUCCAAUGCCUGCGCUGGUGUGCAGAGGGUGGCAUUCGAGCGACUGCUGACCAUCCACAUGAUGUACGCGGCGCUUCCCAUCGGGCACGACGAGAGCGGAGCGAGCGGCGAAGCGCCCCCGGAAACGUCGGCGCCGCCAGGCGGUCCCCGACUCCCGCCUGCGCUGCGACUCACCUGCGGCGACGAGAUCCAGUACCGAUGCGCCGGCUUCAUCCAAGCAGAGAUCGAGCGAUACAUCGAGAGCGCUGGCAUCCGGGACAGGGAAGCUCGGAACGGCAAACAGAACGGCGGCGGCGACACCAUCGACAGCGACGAGGAGGCCCGCGCCAGCGGCGACGACCGCGACGGUGACGACGGCGACGACGACGAAGAUGCCGACCGCACGCCCCGCGCGUCGUCCAAAGCCCCGGCGCGCGGCAGCCGGGCCACUAGCAGAAAGGCGCGCAAGGCCGACCGCCAGGCGAGGGAUGGCGAAUCGGCAUCGGAGCGACCAUCGCGCUCGCUGCUCGAGGCCGAGCACUCAUUCUGUUCGACCAUCAGCACAUUUGUCUCGGCCAUCCGCGUCGGCGUCGUCGAUGCCAGGCAUUCGGCCAGCGUGCUGGUCCAGUUUGGCAGGCUCGGCGGCAUCUACGACUCUUGCUGCAAGGUGCUGAUCGACGUGCUCAAGGAGGAGGCCAUCUUUGUCGGCUACGAGCGCGCCGUCGUCAUUGAGAACACCGUCUGGGAUGCCCUUAGGGAGUCCUUUGAGCUCUUCCUCGACGGCGGCGACGAUGCGGCCGAGUCGAGGUUCGUUUCGCUGUCGCGCCAAGUCGCCAAUGUGCUGGUCGUGCGCGGCGGAGGCUUCACGGCGCUCAAGACAAUCGACCCGCGCUGCCUAGUCUCGCUCCACAAGCGCGCCAGCGAAUACGUGGCGCAAAAGGUGGCGGCGGCCGAGCGCAGCGGCAACAAGGGGCUCAAGACGCGGCUGCCGGCCCUCUACAAGGGUGCGGCCAACCUGCUGAUGAACGCCACGCCGACCGAUGCCGUCAAGAUCAAGACGGCCAUGGACCGUGCCUAUCGUGCGGCCGACGUCGAUAUCCCUCCCGCCGCCAAGGCGUGGGAGCCGCAAAGGUCGUACGAGCGUCGGCUGCUCAAGAUCGCGGCCAAGAGCACCAUGUUCGCCAAGGCCAAUGGCUCGCAGCGGCAGUCGGCAGGCAAGGCGGCGUCCGGCAAGGCGGCAGCGACUGGCGGCGGCGUCGACAGCGGGAGCGACCUGACCGACGCCGAGGGGGAAGGCGACGAAGCGGCCGGUGGUGCCGACCUGGCCGACCGGGGUUCUCCGAUGCCCACCGGCAGCAAGCGGCCGCGCCGAGCUUCGUCGACGAACGGGCACGCGGCGCGCGGUUCAGCGUCUGCCUCUGCGUCGCCUGCUCCCUCCCCCGGCGAGGGCGACGGGGACGAAGAAGACGAGCCCCUGUCCGAAGAGGACGGUGCCUCGGAUGCAGACUCGCUCGGACGCGUGGCUGGCCGCGUCAAGCGGCGAAAGAUCUAG